AUGGUGGCAGUACAGGAUGAAUGGAAUCCAGCUCACCAGGAUCAACUCGACUUUAAAAUCCUGUUCCAAAAAGCGCUGGUAGACGGUCCAGGAGAGUUUGUGAAGGAGUCUUCCAAUGGAAGUUCGGCGUUCAUUCUGAAAGAAUCAGGGUUUCACGACCUGCAGGCGUAUGUCAUCAGCGGAAGUGAAUUUUCCAGAUCCGACUUCGACUUCGGGAGGCGUUAUCCCAAGAGCGCAGCCCAGGUACUAGAAGCUGUGGACCAUGGAAUCUAUGAGUUCACACAAAGCAGUGUCAUUUCCAUGGCUAGAAAUUGUCACGACUUCAAGACUGACGGUCUCAACCAGCUUGUAACCUCGGCAAAUGGCACAAUUUCCUUUGCGGACGACGCUUUGGAUCAGCUAAAAUAUAAUGGGCAGUCAAGUCUUCUAGCCCAGUUCAAAAUUCUCUUGGAUGAGAAAUACCUUGAAGGGCCAAAGGACACGGCCUUUACGGAUGCCCAAACUAUGGCAAAUCUGGCAAUCGACCAAAUGAUAAACACUGCUGCGGACACAGGGAAAGAUAUUGGAAGCGUACUAAAUGUACUCAGCAAUUUUAUGAUGAGGACAGAUGAGGAUAAGAAGAACCUCCAAAUACUUCGAAAGCAGUUCUGUGACGGGCCCAUCGAUCGUGAUACGAACGAAAGAUUGAGGGACGGCCAUGGAAAGCUAGUCCAACCUUUCACCAAGCUGAUGGAUGCCGAGGUACUCAGACUGCAGGAGGAGAUUGAACAGGAGAUCAAAAGAAUGAAAUAUGAAAGUGAUGUGAUGGACAAAACUACGGGCACCUUCUUCCUUGGAGCAGAAGGCGACCUUUUCGGAGUCAUCAACGAUCUAUAUACUUACGAUCUAGCGAAAAAAAAAUAUGAUGAGAUGAUGGCACUAGAGACGAAGCACAAACAAGAGAAGGUGGAACUUAGACGACUUAUCACAGUCGUGAGGGUAUUGCUUCUUCAGAUUGACCUCUUGGUACCUCAAAUGGUGAAGGCGCUAGAGGCCAUGGAGUACCUGCACAGUUUGUUCAACUCUCAAGAACUCAACUUUCGUCGCUUGAAGACAAAGUUGAAUGCUUUGAACGCGGGCGUUAAGACCAAUGAGUAUAACCCGCGACGAAUGUGGAUCAACGGUAAUCUUAAAUAUGCAGUCAACAAGUUUGAGGAGAUCAAGAAGACGGCUUCAGAAUUUCAACAAAGUGCCAAGCUUGUAGUGGUCAAGGAUGCGUAG